AUGUCUCGCUUCGCUCUCUUUGCAGGCCUCAUGGCAGCCAGCGUAGCAGCCCAAGCCGAAUUCACAGCCCCCGGAUUCAGGUACAUUGGCUGCGUCGAAGCGGAGCCGCCCGUCUUCGACUUCAAAGCCGAUGUACCUGCCCCCUUCAGUGUUCAGCAGUGCCAAUAUGCGUGCCAUGCCAAGGGCAAAUACGCUGCCAUGGACGGUAGCUGCAACUGCUAUUACUCUUCGCCGUCAAAAGCCGAGCCGGCUUACAAGAUAAUUGACGGAUAUAUCUGCUCGGUGCCGUGCAUUGGGGGCAACACAACGGCGGGCAUGUGCGGAGGCCCGCAGUGUCCGAUGACGGGGAAGAAGCGAUACUCGCUGUACAAGAAGGAAAUAGACCAUCAUGAUGACGAUGACUGUGAAGAGGAGAAGACCAAGAGCAAGGACAUUGGCGUCUGGACCAAGUACAUCUCCACCACGGUCGCGACCAUCACAGCCUGCCCUCCCGAAGUCACAGACUGUCCCCUCUCCUCUACAAAGGCGACUCCUCACUGCCCCGGACAAGGUUGCAAUGUCCCCACGACAUCAGCCGAGCCCACUAGUCCACCGUGUCCUGAGAUUUGUGGCCCUCCAUGCUCUUCUGAAGGCUGCCCGAUUUGUCCUCCUGGCUGUCCCAUUUGGACUCCUGUCUCCCACCCUACUCAGACGCCACCAGUUCCAGCGUGUGAUGGAGAGCACUGCAAGCUGGGUCCUCCUCCAGCAACACUAGCCUGUCCUUCUGGAGGAUGCUUUCACCCUCAUCCCACCAUAAUUGUUAGCAAAGGCACCAGGUACCAAUCCGGCGUGUCAAUAACAGUUGCGGCGUUGGUGGGGGCUGUUAGUUGGCUGUAG